AUGACGAGUGCAUAUGCAGAAUGGAAUCAACGCCAGGAUCGGAUCGUUAUACCGUUCAGUACUCGUGUGAAUCUUGACGACCUGUUUGGAAACGUACACACUAAUGUUGUAUGCGAGCGUAUUACUCCUUGCAAGUUGGCAUUGUACGUCUUGAUACAAGUACUCGAUGAGAUUCAUCAAGAUGUUCAAGCAUUUACGCAAAGUGAACAUUGCUCGCUGCUGGCUACUCUUUAUGGAAUGAUCGAACAUGGCGACAUGUCCUACCUCGAACUGUCAUCCGAAUGGAAUCAGCUAUCCACCCAACAAGUAUUUGAGUGCAAUGCUCGUUUCAUUGAGUGGAUUCGAGACGGUGACGAUCACGUAGACGACAUCCAGAGGAUGGAUGACGCUGAACCUACUCGUGUGAAUCUUGACGACCUGUUUGGAAACGUACAUACUAAUGUAGUAUGCGAGCGUAUCACUCCUUGCAAGUUGGCAUUGUACGUCUUGAUACAAGUACUCGAUGAGAUUCAUCAAGAUGUUCAAGCAUUUACGCAAAGUGAACAUUGCUCGCUGCUGGCUACUCUUUAUGGAAUGAUCGAACAUGGCGACAUGUCCUACCUCGAAGUAGGAAGAGUUGUGCGUUGGAUGGACAGAACCAUUCGAAAGGGCAUCUAUCAAGACUUCAUUGAAUAUUUUGAGAUUUUCAAUGUCGGUAACCAGUCUACUGUGAUACCGUUUGAGAUAGAAUCAUCAGGACGUGCACGAAAAUGGAUAGCAAAUCAGAUGCAUCUUUUACAGGUAUGCCCAAGUGCUGCUCUACCCGAUAACGAGAUAAUGGACUGGUGUCAGAUCAUCCGCAAGAAUCAUGUUGACAUUGUGCAAGUGCACCUCCUCGAGAUGCUCUGUCACAUCCGAGCUAUGAAUCUGGGUCGAGCAGCCGAAUCAUUGCGUAUUUACUUUGACUACUCAAUGUUCCGGUGA